AUGGAGGAAAAGCUAAGAGACUCCACAGGAACUCCGCCGCCGUCCGCCACUGUAACUCAGUCGAAGCCUCCUGAGGCUCUGCCCUCGGAGCAGCCCACCUCAAGGCGGAGAGGCGGUGGCCACAAGCGGAAAUCGGCCUCCAUUAACAGUGGCGGUGGUUCAACUACUCAGGCCAUUUCCUCCAAGCGCCAGGCCAGAGAGAAGCCAUCUCCAGUGCCAUUUCCUCUGAUCCACCACAAUGGACCAUUCACUAGGGCGCGGAUGCAGCCGAACAACAACGGUAUGUCGGUGGUGGAGCCAACGGAGCGAGUUCGCAUAGAAACCUCGAUGAAGAAAGAGGAUUCGAUUGAAGUGAUCGAAAAUUGGGAGGCUUUAGAGGCGAAGAUUGAGGCUGAGUACGAGGCCAUUAGAUCGAGAGAUGCAAAUGUCCAUGUGGUGCCUACUCAUGCUGGAUGGUUUUCAUGGGAAAAAAUUCAUCCCCUGGAAGAGAGAAUGCUUCCGUCUUUCUUUAAUGGGAAAUCUGAGAGUAGGACUCCUGAUAUAUAUAUGGACAUACGGAAUUCGAUCAUAAAGAAGUUUCAUUCCAAUCCCAAUGCACCAAUAGAGUUGAAAGAUUUAGCUGAACUCACAGUUGGAGAAUUGGAAGCUAGGAAAGAGGUGAUGGAAUUCUUGGAUUAUUGGGGUUUGAUUAAUUACCACCCAUUCCCAUCCAAUGGAUCUGAUACGUUGGGUCCUGAUUCUGGCGCCAAUGCCAGUGCUGAUGCUGAUGAACCAGGAAAAACAGAUUCUUUAGUUGAGAAACUCUUUCGCUUUGAAACAGAGCAAUCACGGACUCCAGUUGUUCCCAGAAUUAACCUGGCAACACCAGCUAUGUCAUCUGGAUUGGUUCCAGAUAAUGUCGUUGCCGAAGAAUUGAUGAAGUCUGAUGAGCCUUCAGUCGAUUACCACUGCAACUCCUGUUCGGCAGAUUGUUCUCGGAGACGCUACCACUGCCAGAAGCAGGCAGAUUUUGAUUUAUGUGCUGAGUGUUUCAACAACGGGAAGUUUGGCUCGGACAUGUCCCCAUCGGAUUUCAUUCUCAUGGAGCCUGCUGAAUCUGGUGGUGCAAGUGGCGGAAAGUGGACAGAUCAGGAAACUCUUUUACUCCUUGAAGCUAUAGAAAUUUUCAGAGAUAACUGGAGUGAGAUUGCUGAGCAUGUAGCUACGAAGACCAAAGCUCAAUGUAUUUUGCACUUUGUUCAAAUGCCAAUUGAGGAUGCAUUUUUCAACCAUGGUGAUGAAACUGAUGCAACUCCUAAAGAAAAUGGAUGUCCAGUUUCCGGCAAUACUGAUACUUCAGCCUCUAAAAUUGACCAACAAAAAGAUACUUCAGCUCCUAAAGACAUCAUUGAGAAAACAGAAAGUCCAGGCGAUGCGAAUGACAACCAGUCUUCAUGUUGUCCCAUGGAAAUUUCAAAGCCAGAUGAGGAGGACAACAAAUCUGAUGUUGAACCAGAAGAUGGGGAGAGCUGUGCACUGAAAGCACUCAGAGAGGCAUUUGAAGUUGUGGGUUCUCAUCCCUUGCCUGGAGAAAGACUAUCAUUUGCUGAAGCUGGUAAUCCAGUGAUGACAAUGGCAGCAUUCCUGGCACGAUUGGUGGAACCUAAUAUAGCUGCUGCAUCAGUUCGUAGCCUUCUAAAAUCGUUGUCUGGAAAUUCCAGCGAGCAGCUUGCUGCAAGGCACUGUUUCCGAUUGGAAGAUCCACCAGACAACAAUAAGGAGUCAGUUGACUCGGAAGGAGCAGCAGCUGAAACCAUUGGGCUGCAAGGUCAAAAGAACGAGGACCUUCAUGCUGAAAAGCAGAAAGUAGAAAAGUCUGAUCCAGUAGUCAGUGAAAUCAGCUCCCAAAAUGAUGAUGAUGAUAACGAAAACAAGGAUUCUGCUACAGAAGAACUGAAACUUGUACUCUCUCCCAGUAAUGAACUUGCAGACAGGUCUUCUGAUACUGGGAAAGAGCCUGAAGAAAUGAUCAAUCAAGAGGAAGGCCAUACUGCCCCAGUUAUUGAAUCAAGUAGCCCAGAUUUGCCAGAUGAACAAUCAAAAAAAAAUGCAGAAGAAUCAGCUAUUUCAACAUCAAUGGUUGAGCUUCCUCCCAAUGCUGCCAAAGAGUCAGGGAAUGGAGCUUCAACGGUGGGCACUUCUCAGACUAAAGAUCCUCCAAAAGAUGGAGGUAAAUUGUCGAACUCUGGGAAGGAAGAAACCGAGCAAUUGGUAGCACCAAAUUCAGUGACUGAAAAAGAAGAAAAUACAGGUAUAGAGGAAGCAAAAGAAUGUGGUCAUGACAAGAGAGAGCCCUUAGCUAAAGAAGCAAAGGAAUGCGAUAAUGAAAAUAAAGAGAACUCAGUGACCAAAGAUCAUCUUCCUAUUGAUAAGUUAAAGCGAGCUGCAGUAACUGCUGUAUCUGCUGCAGCAGUGAAGGCAAAGCUCCUCGCAGACCAGGAAGAGGGUCAUAUUCGCGAGCUUGCUGCAUUGUUAAUAGAAAAGCAGUUACACAAGCUGGAGACCAAGUUGGCUUUCUUUAAUGAUAUGGAAAAUGUGGCAAUGAGGGUCAAGGAACAAUUGGAUAGGUCAAAGCAGAGGCUGCUUCAUGAGAGAGCGCAGAUUAUUGCAACACGGCUGGGCAUGUCAGCUUCCUCAACUCGUCCUAUGUCGCAGUCUUUACCACCCAACAGAGUUCCGACUGUUCCGAACUCGGUAUCAAGAACCUUUAUGGGUAUGACAUCCUUAAGGCCUCCAAUUUCAAGGCCGAUGAUGUCAACAAAUCCUACUUCAGGCUCGUUUACGUCAGGAACAAUGACAGGAAAUUCCAUGCAAACUAACUCAGAUAAGCUUUCCUUUGUUGGCAGAAAGUAG